AUGAAGAGCUUUAAUGGAGAUGGUGAACAAGUACAUAACAAUGAAGGCUCACAUAGAGGGAGCCCAGAGGAGUCGGCUUUUGAGAUGAAGACCGAGUAUGUUUCACUCUCUCUUCUACCCGGUUCUAACGAUGUCGUCGUAAAAACCCUUUAUGUCUCCAUUGAUCCUUACCAGAUAAACCGGAUGAAGAGCUUCAGUUCCUCCCAGAAAGCUAUCGGUUUUGCAGCCCGCAUUAGUCCCGGCGAGGGAGUGGGAAGAGUGGUGGCUUCUGAGCACCCAAAUUUUGAAAAGGGAGACCUGGUUGGAGGACUCCUCAGCUGGGGAGAGUACAGCAUAGUGAAGGGGGCUCAUAUGAUAAACAAGCUCAACCCAUGGUCUUCCCAUUGUCCUACCAUGUUGGAAUUUUGGGUAAACAUAAGUGUUAGUUGUUUGCUCUUAACAGCGUUCAGUGGGCUAACAGCUUAUGGUGGGUUUUUCGAAGUGUGUAAGCCAAGGAAGGGGGAGAAAGUUUUUGUGUCUGCAGCUGCUGGAUCGGUUGGAAACUUGGUGACACUAUUUAAACAAAAACUAGGUUUUGACGAGGCAUUCAAUUACAAGGAAGAACAGGACUUGAAAGCUACCCUCAAAAGGUACUUCCCUGAUGGCAUCGACAUAUACUUCGACAACGUGGGAGCCGAAAUGCAAGAGGCGGCGGUAGCCAACAUGAACACGUUUGGGAGAGUAGCCGUCUGCGGCGUGAUGUCAGAAUAUACUGAUUCAAACAAGAGGGCCGCCCCCAACAUGGUGGACGUGGUCUACAAACGGAUCACUAUCCGUGGUUUCUUGGCCGCCGAUUACAUGAACGUCCAUGCCGACUUCAUCUCGUCCACGGCCGAUCAUCUCCACAAUGGCAGAAUUCAUGUCCUCGAGGACAUCUCAGUCGGGCUUGACAGCAUCCCGGCAGCCUUUGUGGGGCUCUUUCGAGGCGACAAUAUUGGAAAGAAGAUUGUUAAAGUCACUUGUGAGUAG